UGUCAUUUUGAUAUUUUGUUUGUCGUCGGUUUUUUCGUUUUUUUAAAUGUCUUAAUACGAUCAAAUCCUGACAAGAGCAUAUACACUGAGUGUUUCAACCGACGAUUAACGGGUUUAUGUUAUAUGAUGUCAAAGAAAGCAGAGGUGGCAACCGACUGUUUAGAAAUGGAGUCCAGUUUCUUCAGUCAGGACCACUCAAGCAGCCUCAUUGACAAUAUGGAGAAACUGAGACUGGAAGGUCAUUACUCUGACAUCACGAUCAUUGUCAGCGGUAAAACGUUCCCGUGUCACAAGGUCAUUCUGUCAUCUGGAUCCCCGUACUUCAAAUCAAUGUUUGCAUCAGGAAUGGAAGAAAGCCGUAAAGAUACUGUGGACCUGAAAGAGGUGGAUGCAUUAGUGUUUGAAAACGUCUUACAUUUUAUAUACACGGGCAAAGUGAAUAUCUCAGAGGCAGUGGUUCAAGAUCUCUUUAUCCAGGCCCAGCUCUUCCAGAUAUUUCCACUCGGCGAGCUGUGCGUUGAGUUCUUCAAACAAAACAUGCACGAAGGCAACUGCCUUGCAGCCAUGACACUGGCAGACACCUAUAACCACCAGCAUUUGUAUAGUUUUGCAAAGUCAUAUGCCUGUGCCCAUUUUAAUGCGAUCAUGACCGAUGAAGACUUCACCAAGCUUUCUGUCGACUGUGUGGUGAACCUGCUGAGGGAUCGACGUCUGAACUGCACUUCCGAAGACCAGGUGUUCCAGAUGGCGAUAACCUGGCUGGAAUCCGACGCGGAGAGGAGGAGGAAUUGCCAGUUCAAGGUCCUGGAGUGUGUCAAGUUUCCUCUCAUCAACUCCAGCUACCUGAUGGAUGUUGUAGUGAAGAUCGAGUACCUCACGGAAGAGGACAAAGGUAAAGAGCUUUUGGAGGAUGCCAUCAUGUACCACAACGUACCAUCGAGAUGGCAGAUGCUUCCUUCCUACCAGAUGACGCCACGGUUUUCAUUCCCAUACUUCGAGAGUGCAAUCCUCCUUGGAGGUCGCCUGAUGGACGGCCUCAGCAAUGAUGUCGAAUGCUACAGAGCUGACACCAAGGAGUUUACUUCCUUGAAGAUGCUUCCUUUCAAAAAGAGAAACGAGUUCUCAGCUUGUUCCAUCGGGGAUGAGAUCUACGUCUCGGGCGGCCUGCGCAGUGCCGAGUUCUGGAAGUACGACCUGACAUUCGAGACGUGGCUCCGUGGGGCCAGCAUGCUGCACGCGCGCCGCCGCCACGCCAUGACGGCCGUCGAUGACAAGAUCUACGUCCUCGGAGGAUUCAACGAGGAGGCCGUCCUGUCUUCGAUCGAAGUGUGGGAGAAAAAGCGCAACAAAUGGGAAGAUGCUGGUUCCCUGGUGACCGGUGUGGAGAACAUGGGAUUCGUCACGUUUGGAAAGAAGAUCUACUUGUUUGGAGGGAAGAACAACGACGAGAUGGUUACCAACACCGUCCAGUGUUACGACUCCACCACUAAUCAGUGCACGGCCCUAGAGAAGGGACUCCCGGUUAACGACAUGUGUCUGAGUGCCACCAUUUUGAACGGCUACAUCUACAUCGUCGGCUUAGAAGGGGUCUUCCGCUACAGCCCGAACUCUGAUAACUGGGAAAUUCUCCCCGAUAUGAGUUACCCUCGGGACUUCGUCAGUCUCACGGUGCUCGACGAAAAGCUGUACGCUUUUGGCGGAAGACGGAGGGGUGCCAAGGAUAACCUGUAUUCGGAUAUCAUCGAGUAUUUCGAUCCCAGCACCAACAAGUGGAACGCGGCUGGUAAAAUUCCCGAUCCUAUGUACUCGUAUGGCUGCGUGCGUGUAUUUCUCACCCCCAAACCAGAGCAUGCUGCUUUGCCCACACCAGAGCCUCCUGUUGUUUAACAUAUGAGGGCCGUAGAUCCGGUGCAUCUUUUAAACUAAAAGCCACUACACAGAAAUAGUGGUGUGCUAGGGCAUGAUUAUAAUACCACUGUAAUUUAGUGGUGGUUCGUUUUAUUUUAUGUAUUUGUUUUUUUAUUACUGGGAUUGUUUUGUUUAUUUUGGUGGUGGGUUUUUUAUGGGGCGAGGGGGUGCCCAGUUUCUCUCUCUCUCUCUCUCUCUCUCUCUCUCUCUCUCUCUCUCUCUCUCUCUCUCUCUCUCUCUCUCUCUCUCUCACUCUCUCUCUUUUUUCUUUUUCCAUAUUGUAUAUAGUUUAUCCUUCUACGAGUUUAUUGUAAAUUGUGCUCAAAUAGAUUAGAUUAGAUGCUGUUCUGAGUAUCACUUCUGAUUUUUGUCAAAAUUGUACAUAUGGUGCCCAGUCUGUAAUAUUUUGAUGGAAUCUUAUAGAUCUGCUUCACUACCUUUAGAUUACUGUGACUCGGUGAGACUGACUUUAAACGUGUAUGAUUUGUUUAAUGGCAUUCAAGACAAAAGUACUGUUGUAUCAAAAGUAGAAUAAAUGCUCGAUUUAUGGGGAAGGUACCCAUCCAUUUUGGUGACAGUCAAAGACUGGACAUUUCUGUAGGGUUGUUUUUCACCAAAUGUGGAUUGUUUAAGGGUUGGGAGUCUUUAAAAAAAAAACAUUGCGUGUGUAUGUUUAUUUUUAGUUCUUUUGUUCCAUGUAAGUGUGGACGUUUCUAAUAGCUUAUUCAUUUAAUGCAAAGCUGUAUUAUAAGAAUACAUGUAUGUGUAAGUAUGAUGCAAAUGAUAAAAAAAAAUCUGUACAGCUUUCUUUGUAUCCAUCUGUCAUCAGCAUAUGUGUACGGGCUGCGGUCCUAAAGUAAUAGUGAUUCGUCUCCAAACUUGUAUUGCUGCUGCUGCUGCAUUUUUUUCUUCUUUUUUUUUUUCUUUUCUUUUUUUUUCUUUUUAUUCCACUGCCCCUUUCCUUUCUCUCAUUUCUUCCCGAUUUGGCAACUCCCAUCUUUCAACUUAUUUUGAUGUCCGCCUCCGCACUCCGGUCUUUGUCUCCAACCGCGACUCUUAUAUCUGUGUGGUCCUUAACCAUAUGUCUGACGCCAUAUAACCGUAAAUAAAAUGUGUUGAGUGCGUCGUUAAUAAAGCAUUUCCUUCUUUCCGUUCCACACACGUUUGGCUUAGGCUGUGGGCUUAGUCUGACCACUUUGGAGAUGUAUAGUUAUUUGGUAGUAAUGUUGUUGAUAUUCUGGCAUUUUCGUUUAAGUCCUAAAUUGUAAAUUGUGUACUUAAGUCCUAAACUGUAAAUUGUGUACUUAUAUCAUGUAUAAUAUAUGUACAUUGUAUUUCAAUAUCAAUACAUGUACAUUGUGUAUAAUACAUGUACAUUGUGUAUGAUAUAUGUAUAUUGUAUGCCAAUAUCAAUACAUGUACAUUGUGUACCUAUACCAUGUAUAAUACAUGUACAUUGUGUACCUAUAUAUCAUGUUUUGCGGUUGGAUUCAUGUUGUUAAGAAAAAAGCUUAAAGUUUGUUUUGUUUACCGACACCACUAAGCACACUGAUGUAUUAAUUAACGGCUAUUAAUCAAAGAUUAAAUGUUGCAAUAACUUGUUUAAUGAAAUAUGUUUUUAACAGUUUCUUUAGCAAAAAAUACUCAUUAUUCUAUUGGUGGUGGUUUUAUUAUUAUUAUUAUUAAUAUAUAUAUUCUUUUUUUCAGACUGAAUCUCCAGUAAUAGUAGUAUACCAGUAUACAUAUUUUUUUUCUAUGUGAAAGUUUAAUCUUAAUUUAUGUCCAUGUUUUGUGUAUUUAGCUGAGGAGCCUUGUGAACUGUAACAUGUUAGUUACAAGUGUCAUUAGUACGGGGAUCUUCGGCGCCCAAGGUUUCCCCUAAGAGGCCAUUUAAAUAUUACGUAACGCUCGAGGCGUGGGUGUGUAUAUGUCCAAACGUUUAUGUGGCGUUACAUGGGGUGGGUGGGUGUAUUUAACAGCUUUACAUAACGCACUUUUUAAAUUUUUAUUACUAAACUCCUAUUUUGUUUUGUGUUUUCCAUAAACGUUCUGUCAUGGCGACAAUAUUUAACGUAGGUAGUUAUAGCUAGGCAUAAGCAAUAUAUAAGGAUUAUAAAUUGAGUUAAAAUGCGUAUCUGUGCUUUCCUAAAUGGGAAACAGUUCGUUAAAAUUAUAUUACACCCAUCGCAAGAUUUGUUUGUGAAUGGCGUGGGGUGUGUCUUCAAGCGUUAGGUAAUAUUUGGGAGGAGGGGGGUAUGGUCUAGCAUUAUGGAUCAUUACAGGGGGUGGGAGGGGGUUUAAUUUUGACAAAAAUAGCGUUACGUAAUAUUUGAAUGGCCCCUAAGCUUUGUUUCAAAUUGUACGUUGUUAUAUCAUGCUGACACAAAAAAUAGCAUUUCUGAAAAACGAUUGGUUCGCCUAUACAAGUGGUGCUGAACCUGCUGGCAGAUAUUGAUACCUAAUGGUAAAGCGCUCACGUCGCCUAGUUAAUGCGCAGUCGGUCUAGGAUCGAUCCCCGUCGGUGAAUACACUGGGCUAUUUCUCAUUCCAGCCAGUGCUUCACAACUGGUUUGUAACAAAGGCCGUAGUUUGUACUUCCAUGUCUAUGGGAUGAUGCAUAUAUAAAAAGAUCCCGUGCUGCUGAUUGGAAAGAGUAGCUCGUUGCGUGGAUGCAGUGGGUUUCCACUCUUAUCGGUGUGUGUAAUUUUUGGAAUGCUUCCAUCAGAGAACGGUUCAAGCACGCCUGUCGUGGGCACAACCUCUGACUUCGCCAGAAAGUUCUGUCCAUGAUGGGGACUCUUAUCUGUGUGGUCCUGAACCAUAUAUGUCCGACGCCAUAUAGCUGUAGUUAAAAUAUGCUGAGUGCGUCGUUACAUAAAACGCCCUUCCUUCCAUCCUUCCUAAUAAUUGGCAAUAAGUAGCUUUGAUCAGACACAUUGUGCAGCUCGUUUACACAUUUGUGGACAGACUGGGCAGUUUGUUCGCGUGUUCAGUAGAACUGUAAGCAGUAAAAUGGGUUUAGUGGUAACUGGCAGAAAGUAAAGACAAACAAUUGAUGAACACUGGAAGCGAGGAGCAGUUGGGGGGGGGGGGGGGGGGGGGGGGGGCAGUGGCUCCUCAAUUUUGAAUUCUGAAGAUAAUGCAUUGCCCACAUUCAGGUGAAAAUCAAAUAAACCAUGGGGUGGGGUUUUUUCAUUUCAUUUUAUUUUCGUGCUUAUAUCCAAUUACGGUUAAAGCACACUGUCCUGGCCAAGCACCUCAGCUAUCUGGGCCGUCUGUUCAGAACGGUGUUAGUGGUUAGUGAGAGAAAAGAUGGUGUAGUGAUCUUACACCUACCCAUUGAGUCCUUAAAACUCGCUCUGGGUGGGAGCCGGUACCGGGCUGCGAACCCUGUACCUACCAGCCGAAUAUGUCCGAAGGCUUUAACCACACCACCGAUGCCAAUAGUUGCUCCUCUCUCCUUCAUUUUCCGGCACCUAUGCAUUGUGUGUGAAUUUUGUAUAAGUAUUAUGUAACAGUAAUUAACUGUCCAGUAUUAGUUUGUGUUUGUUACAUUGUGGAGUGAUAUGUAAAUAUAAUUAUUAGUUUUCGAGAACCUUACUGGAAAAUUAAAAUAGGUUUAUCUGUGAUUACUGUAAAAAAAAAAAAAAUAAUAAUAAUAAUAAAUAAAUGAACAAAAAGCCCCUCCCACCCCACCAAAACCCCACAAAAUACAACAAAAUGGUUAAUUCCAUUGUCUUGUCAAGAUUUUUGCACUAUCUGUUGGACAUCACAAUACACGUAGUGUUAUUUUGAUUGUAAUAAUACAUAGCAUAUGUUUAGUGGCAAACAAAAUCGUUGUAAUAAUAUAAUUGGCGGAGUAUGGUCGGAAGCUAGCAUCUUCCGACGCUCGUCGUACUGGCUAUAUAGUAUAUUUUGCGUUUAGUCGUCACCACGAUUUUGUAUAUAGAUGUAUAUAUACUUCAGAUACUCUCGAAUAUGACCUUGUCUUGUAUCAUUUUGUGUAUAUGCUUAUUUUGCCUCUUAUGUGAAAUGUAUCUAGAUAAGAUCAAUAUUUUUCAUUGUAGGAUUGUUUGUGUAAUUCGUGUCAUGUUUGUGUACGUGUUAAUUUAUUGAUCAUUGUAUGUAAGUGUCAAGUCACGGUGUAUAUGUUAUAUUGGUUGUGGAAAUGAAAAUACAAAUGUAGAAGAUUAAUGUGUAAAUAUAUAACCAUCAAACAGA